CCUGGAGAGAGAGAAAUGGCAGGAGCCGGAGAAGGCCCAAAAAGAGCAGGGAGGCCUCUACCACCGCCGGGGAGAGGCCCUCCGCCGCCGCCUCGUCCUCGUUUCGAACCCGUCGAUCGAGAAAAGACAUGUCCUUUAUUGCUUCGGGUUUUCACUAAGAUUGGAUGUCAUCACUCCAAGGAAGACUUUGCAGUGAGAGGGAAGGAGCCCAAGGAUGAGGUCCAAAUUUACACAUGGAAGGAUGCUACUCUUCGUGAGUUAACUGAUCUGGUCAAAGAGGUUGCUCCUGCGGCAAGGAGAAGAGAUGCAAUACUGUCCUUUGCGUUUGUCUAUCCUGAUACAAAUGGCCGCUUUGUGCUGAGAGAGGUGGGCAAGACAUUUUCUUAUGGAAAUGGGAAACGACUAGAUGAUGGCAAGGCAUUAGCUGAACUUGGCUUCCAGAUUGGGGAUUACCUGGAUGUGGCAAUUCUGUAGGGACUAGAGAGAAGGUUUUGCCGGUGACUGAUCUUCCGUUUAGUUUGCUUGGGAAGGAGGAAGCCCUGCAAUUCAUAUGUAUCUAAUCUUUUGACAUGUAGAUGCCUCCAAAUAUGAACAUAUUAAGCAAAUGUCACUUCUUAAUGUUAGAAGAUUCUUAUCACACUCUGGUGUUACAUCCAAAGUGAAGAAAUUGUGUAAUGAUGUGUUUGGUGCGAAAAGUCUGAAACUUUUGUUGGUCAUUAUUUGUUUA